AUCAAUCGUAGGGCAUAUACUAAUUCGCCGCCGGGUGCUUCCAUCUUCUCGUCGGAGUCUCACCGACUUGAAUCCUCCUAACUUCAUCAAUUCACUUAGGGCACACUCGAAUUCACGAUCCUGUGAAGGAGACUCUUGAGUUAAGGUUUUCAUUGUUUCUUUACUACAAUGGAGGACAUAGACAACAUAGAGGAAGAUGAAUUUGGGUUCUCAAGAAACUACUUUCUGGCUAAAGAGUUGGGUGGGUCAAGCAAGCGGUCAGCGCGCAAGCUCUCUGAUAUUAAUCUCGUUGAUGAACAGGAGCUUAGAGAAACAGCGUUUAAUAUUGAAACAAAGCAUGAGAAAGAGAUUACUGAGCUUUUGAAUGAUUACAAGACUAUGUACCCGAAGUGGGUCUUUGAACUCAGGUGCGGCUUUGGCCUUCUUAUGUACGGCUUUGGAUCUAAAAAAGGUUUGCUUGAAGACUUUGCUUCAUCUUCUUUGACUGAGUAUUCCGUUGUUGUCAUCAAUGGCUACCUUCCUUCAGUAAAUCUAAAACAGGUUCUUUUAGCAAUAGCUGAACUUCUGUCUGAGCAGUUGAAAAGUAGAAGGAGUUCUGGGAGCUUGUCUAAAGGUCAAGAAGCAUUCCCUCCACGCUCCGUUGAUGAUAUACUUUCCUUUCUAUAUGGCUCACAGUCCGAAGACAAAGACUGCUUCAUAUGCGUUGUUGUUCACAACAUUGACGGCCCUGCUCUAAGAGAUCCUGAAUCACAGCAAACUCUCGCCCAGCUUGCUUCCUGCUCGCACAUACGCAUUAUUGCCUCCAUCGACCAUGUCAACGCUCUCUUAUUGUGGGAAAAGAAAAUGGUGCACAAACAGUUUAACUGGCUAUGGCACCACGUUCCAACAUUUGCACCAUACAAGGUAGAAGGCGUAUUUUUCCCCUUGGUUCUUGCACAAGGAAGCACAGCCCAAACCGCCAAAACAGCGGCCAUUGUGUUACAGAGUCUAACACCAAACGCUCAGAACGUCUUCAAGAUUCUCGCUGACUACCAGCUUUCUCACCCGGAUGAAGAUGGCAUGCCCACUGAAGAUCUGUAUUCAGCCUCACGUGAACGCUUCUUUGUGAGCAGUCAAGUGACUCUCAACUCUCAUCUCACGGAGUUUAAAGAUCAUGAGCUGGUUAAGACCAAGAGAAACUCCGAUGGACAAGAGUGUUUGAACAUACCUCUCUCUUCGGAUGCACUCCGACAGCUCUUGCUUGAUCUCAGUCAGUAAGCCUCAGUUGUAUCAAAUUCUCUGUGGUAUGAUUCAUCUUUUUGCUUGAACGAAUGAGUGUAAUGUGUUACACAUUUGAUUGAAAGUUAUAAUCAGCACUCAAAA